GCUCAAACCUAAUUUUUUUGGGGCAUCUUAAAUUCGCUAUUUGCAAUCUAUCACAUAUAAUUAUAUAUAUAUACAUAUAUAUAUACAAAGAUAAAAAUAGAUAUUUAACUUAACAAGCUAUUAUAAUGACAGACGAUUUAGAUAAGAUAUUAUCUAUAGAGGAGUCAUCAUUUUCAAAAGAUCUUGAAAUUGACCGGAUAUUGAAUUGUGAUGAAUUCGAUUAUUUUGCUAUUUUAAAUAUUAAUCCAUUGAAAUUCAUUAAUGAUGAUACAGGAUUGUUAAAUACAGUAAGAAAAACUUAUAGAAGACGAAGUUUAUUGAUUCAUCCUGAUAAGACAAACAAUACUAAGGCUCCAUUGGCAUUUGAUAGGUUUAAGAAGGCAGAAACAAUCUUAUCUAUUAAUUUGGUAGAUCUUAUUGAUACAGAUGAUAUCACAUUACGAAAUAAAUUGAAUGAAAAGAAAAGAUUAAUAAGUAUAUAUGAAGAAAUAAAACAGCAAUUAGGUAUAGAAAAUGAUAGAGUUGAUAUUGAUAUUGAACUUGAUCGUAUAAGACAAGAAGUACUGAUAAUUUUAAAGGAAGAAGUAGAAAAAGAUGAGAUAUCCAGAUUACAACAACAACAGAAAGAUGCGGCUAGAAUGGCUGAACAAACUCAACGUAUGACAGAACGACAAUUAAAGAAACAAAUGGAAAAUAAAUGGGAAGAUGACCGAGAUCAACGAGUUAAGAGUUGGCGAAAGUAUACUAAUAAAGUAGAGAAAAAGGCAAUUAAGAAGAAGAAGAAAGAUAUAAAACCUAAAGUGUUAGCAUAGAUUAUGUAAGUUGUAUAAUUUGUAUAAAUAUAUCAUAAUAAUUAUCGGUCAUGUGUAUAUUAGAACCAAAACAAGGAUGAAUGAUUUGGCUGUAAAAAU